AUGGAGAUGGUUGCGAGAUGAUGAUGAUGGUGGUGAUGCCACACGCAAAAAGAACGGAGGAGGAUUGGCUCAGCAGCAGCAGCGAAGAAAGAGACCACACACCACCACCAACAUCAUCCUCCAUCAUCAUCAGCAUCCUCCUCCGUCACCAUCAUCUCCUCGCCAGAAAGCCUAAUUUUUUAAUUUUUUUUCUUCUUUCCCAGCAUCAAUAAUGCAACACUAUGGCCGAUGGAGAAAUAAAAAAGGUGAAAGUGGCGCACAUGCACCGCACCCAUGUCACUCUCCUCGUCUCAUCCGUCACCUGCCGCUGGGAGCCAAGAGGUCGGCGCAUCAACAGCCGGAGACACACGCUGGACGUGCUGCGCGUAGCCGUGGCUCUUUCAUGGCCGCCCGCGCAACAAAGCCGAGCGAACAACGACCGAAAGGAAAAACUGGCUGGCCGAUCACACCCACUCGGCGAGCACCACCCACCCAUCCAUCUCCGCGCCAGUGCGCCAGCGCAGAGUGGAACCCACCAAGUCGAGCGCAGAGCAAAGUGGGUUUUUUUCUUCUUCUCGCCUGGCUGUCGCUCUUCCUCUGCUCUUCAGGGCGCCCAGUGUCCCGCACUGCGCUGCACUGCUCGGCCCAUGUCCAGCCACUUGAUCCACCCCUGCAUGUGUUAUUUUUGUCGUGGGCUCCGCAGCGCUGCCCCACCCUCCGGGGCAAUACGCCUGCGCUCGAUCCAGCCACUCGAUCACCAGCCACACGGACCUUUUUUUCAUUCAUUCAUUCUUCCUUCGCAAAAUAUUAUGUAAUCGGAGACUCGGCCGAGAGCGCUGCUUGGCUUUGAGCCGCUAUGGAACCAUGGUGUAAUCGCUGAUCAUGUAUGGGAGAACAUACCACCAUCUUUGUAUCGACGUUGAAGCAGAAGCGGCAGCAGCAGGCACAGAGACGGUAAAGCAUUGCGGGACAAGGAAAGGCGCCGCGGAGAGCAAACUACGGCAGCUCAUCCACCAGCACUCUUCGGCUCCCACCCACCGGUCCCUAUGCUUCACAUUCCAUUGCUUGAAUGCUGGGCGCGUGUACCCUUGGUGUACUCUGAAAUCUGUACUUGUCGUGACAGUCUACUGACA